AUGGAGGAUACGCAGAACUCGGCGCCCCAGGCGCACGAAGCCUCCAAGCUGGGGUCUUCGGUACAGAGAAACGACACCCAGAGUGUCACGAAGAGGCUCCAGUCAGAGUUGAUGCAGCUCAUGCUCUCUCCUUCGCCGGGUAUCUCAGCUUUCCCCAACGCGGACGGUAACCUUUUGUCGUGGACUGCUACCAUCGACGGGCCAAGCGACACACCUUACGAGAAUCUUAAAUUCAAGCUCUCCUUUACCUUCCCCCAUAAUUAUCCUUAUGCACCUCCUACGGUCCUUUUCAAGACCCCGAUCUAUCAUCCCAAUGUGGACUUCUCCGGCCGCAUCUGCCUCGACAUUCUGAAGGACAAAUGGAGCGCGGUAUACAAUGUUCAGAGUGUGCUACUUAGCUUGCAGAGCUUGCUUGGCGAGCCAAACAACGCGAGCCCCCUGAACGGUCAAGCCGCGGAGCUCUGGGACAAAAAUCCAGAGGAAUUCAAGCGUCAUGUUUUGGCAAGACACCGUGACAUCGAAGAUGACGAGUGA